UGAAAAAAUCAAAAAAAAAAAAGAGAAAAAACUGACAAAUCUUUUAAAAUGCUUUUCUACCUUGCUAGCAUGUGUGCUUUAAAGAAAGCUCAGCUCUCCAUAAGAAUCUCCAAGAAAUGAAGAGAUGGUAGCAAUAAUGGCCACAAGUGAUCUUCCAUUGUGCAGUAAUGCAGAAGAUGAGUACAUAGAUAUGGAAGUAAGCUCUUCUUCCAGCAGUCUGUUGUUUUCAUCCCCCCAAGCCAGAGAAUUUGAAUUUCAAAUGUGUGAUUCAGUUGGGCUCGAAAAAGAAAGCACCACUUCUCCUGCUGAUGAGCUCUUCUACAAAGGCAAGCUCCUUCCUCUGCACCUUCCGCCGCGCUUACAAAUGGUCCAGAAGCUCCUCCAGAACUCAGCCACCAAAACUUUUGAUCAGGAAUGCAACAUUGCACUUCCUGCUACUACUAGUAACACCCCAUUGGAUCAGUCCUGCAACAUUUCUCCGACAGAGUCUUGUCGAGUCAGUUGUGAGCUUAAUCAGGAUGGAUUCUUUAAUUGGUCUACUGAACUGAGUGGUUUUGUUAGUGGAACUGAUCAGCCUAAGAAAUCUUGGUCCAGGACUAAGCUGAGGCUCAUCAAGCAAUCCUCUUUAGGCCAAAAGCUGAGAGCUUCACGCGCGUAUUUUAAAUCUUUAUUCUCUAAAUCUGGUUGUUCUAAUGAAUCCUGUGCCAAACCAGCCUGCAAAGCUGAAGAAUCAGGGCACAUUGCAAAUGGCAACAGAGAUUAUCUCAGCAGGUACAUUAAGGUAGCCAAAAACACCGCGUCAGAGCAAAUCGGAAAAGGGAUCAAAUUUCCAACAUUAGCCUUUGUCAUGAAUAGUAUCGACAAGGAUGAGUUUGAUCAGGAUGUCACAAGAACUCACAGAAAAUCAUUUUCAGGGCCAAACAAGCGCCAGUCCACAAUGAAAUCCUCAUCCUCAUCUUCAUCAGGUGCCUCAUCUUUGUCAUCUUCAUUUUCAUUCAACUCGAAUGGGGCGAAUGAUCCGCAGCCACUUAAGAGGAGCAGCAGUGCCAGUUCAGAGAUUGAGGGUUCUAUUGAAGCAGCCAUAGCACACUGUAAAAAAUCUCAGCAACUCUUCACCGCAAGAAACACAGUAAAUGAAGCUGAUUUUUGCUCAUUUUCUGUUUCCAAACUUGCUGCUUAGAGAAUCCAAUGUUCAAAUUUUACCCAUUUCCUGCUAAAGUAUUAUAUCUACUGAUUUCUUACAAUUCCCAUGUGAUAUUCAGGCAUUUGAUGAUAACUAUAAAUGUGUGCAUUUGCUCUGCAGAUAAAAUUAUUACUAGAAUAUGUUGUUUUUUACUGUGUGACCAUGAAUAUUAUUGUUAGAUUGUCAGAGCAGAUUAAAUU